AUGAAGCGCCUGGUAGCUGUCUGGCUUCUGGUUGGACUCAGCCUCGGUGUGCCCCAGUUCGGCAAAGGUGACAUUUGCAACCCCAAUCCAUGUGAAAAUGGUGGCAUCUGUCUGUCGGGAUUGGCUGAUGAUUCAUUUUCCUGUGAAUGUCCAGACGGCUUCACAGAUCCCAACUGCUCUAGUGUUGUGGAGGUUGCAUCAGAUGAAGAAGAGCCUACUUCAGCAGGUCCCUGCAUCCCCAACCCAUGUCACAACGGAGGAACCUGCGAGAUAAGUGAAGCGUAUCGAGGAGACACAUUCAUAGGCUAUGUUUGUAAAUGUCCGCGGGGAUUUAAUGGGAUUCACUGUCAGCACAAUAUAAAUGAAUGUGAAGCUGAGCCUUGCAGAAAUGGUGGAAUAUGUACAGACCUCGUUGCUAACUAUUCCUGCGAAUGCCCAGGAGAAUAUAUGGGAAGAAACUGUCAACAUAAAUGCUCUGGGCCAUUGGGAAUCGAAGGCGGGAUCAUAUCCAAUCAGCAGAUCACAGCUUCAUCCACCCACCGAGCUCUUUUUGGCCUCCAGAAGUGGUACCCUUACUAUGCUCGGCUUAAUAAGAAAGGACUCAUAAACGCCUGGACAGCUGCUGAAAAUGACCGAUGGCCGUGGAUUCAGAUAAAUUUGCAAAGAAAGAUGAGAGUUACUGGUGUUAUUACCCAAGGAGCAAAAAGGAUUGGAAGCCCAGAAUACAUAAAAUCCUACAAAAUUGCCUACAGCAACGAUGGGAAGACCUGGGCAAUGUACAAAGUGAAAGGCUCCAAUGAAGACAUGGUGUUUCGUGGAAACGUUGAUAACAACACACCUUAUGCUAACUCUUUCACGCCCCCAAUCAAAGCUCAGUAUGUCAGACUCUAUCCCCAAAUUUGUCGAAGGCACUGUACUCUAAGAAUGGAGCUUCUUGGCUGUGAACUUUCAGGCUGUUCGGAACCUUUGGGGAUGAAAUCAGGGCAUAUACAAGACUACCAGAUCACGGCCUCCAGCGUCUUCAGAACACUCAACAUGGACAUGUUCACUUGGGAACCAAGGAAAGCCCGGCUGGACAAACAAGGCAAAGUAAAUGCCUGGACCUCUGGCCACAACGACCAGUCACAAUGGUUACAGGUUGAUCUUCUUGUCCCUACCAAAGUGACAGGCAUCAUCACACAAGGAGCCAAGGAUUUUGGUCAUGUGCAGUUUGUCGGUUCAUACAAACUAGCCUACAGCAAUGAUGGUGAGCACUGGACUGUGUACCAGGAUGAAAAACAGAGAAAAGAUAAGGUUUUUCAAGGCAAUUUUGACAACGACACUCACAGGAAAAAUGUCAUCGACCCUCCCAUUUAUGCACGACACAUAAGAAUCCUUCCUUGGUCCUGGUAUGGAAGGAUCACUCUGCGGUCAGAGCUGCUGGGCUGCACAGAAGAGGAAUGA